UUGGGCUUUCCUUCCUUGACAGCUGUCACUGUACGCUGAGGUCAAGGGGAAAGAAGCAUGGCUGCGAUGUUUAGAGGGUCGCGAAACCUAUUGUUAAGGUGGACAAAGCAUGUCGACCUUGCUUUCGUGUCAUCGCGAUCAAUGGCUUCAAAAACCCCCAUUGGGUUUGUUGGCCUGGGGAACAUGGGCAGCCCCAUGGCCAAAAACCUGCUAAGAAAUGGUUAUCCUGUUAUUGCCACUGAUGUCUUCCCUGAGUCUUGCAAGGAGCUGCAGGACAUGGGUGCCCAGGUGGUAGACUCUCCAGCAGACGUGGCAGAAAAAGCCGACCGCAUCCUCACAAUGCUCCCCUCCAGUCCAAAUGUGAUUGAAGUCUACACAGGUCCAAAUGGCAUCCUCAAGAAAGUGAAGAAAGGAACCCUGUUGAUUGACUCCUCCACCAUCGACCCUGCCGUCUCGAGAGAGAUGGCCGUCGCUGCAGAGAAGAUGGGUGCUGUGUUCAUGGACGCUCCAGUGUCAGGAGGUAAGGUGCCAGCCACAUUUGUUUCAAUGUUUAUCCCGUCUCUGUCACAGAAUCAACCAACUGACCCCUUCUCCUCCUUUCCCAGACUGGGUUUGGACCCCAAGCUGCUGGCAAAGAUCCUCAACAUGUCUUCAGGUCGUUGCUGGUCCAGUGAUACGUACAAUCCAGCCCCUGGCGUCAUGGAGGGAGUCCCCUCUGCCAACAACUACCAGGGGGGCUUUGGAACCACACUAAUGGCCAAGGAUCUUGGUUUGGCUCAAAACACUGCCACCAACACUAAGACACCCAUCCCUCUGGGUUCCCUCGCCCACCAGAUCUUCAGAGUCAUGUGCGCCCGCGGCUACGCUAACAAGGACUUCUCAUCCGUCUUCCAAUUCCUACGCGAGGAGGAAGGACAGUGAAUGGAGGGGGAUCACAGUUAACUGUGAUGUGACCAUACAUAAACACACAUACACACACAUACACACACUACAACCACACAACCCAGUGCCCCUUAUCCCACUAUGCUCAGGAGAGACGAAGGCCUUGCCCUCCGGCGCAGAUCUGCGCUCCAAUUAACAUACUGUAUGUCGGCCCAUGUCCGCUCAUAGCAUUAGCUGAAUCAUAUUUUCAAUUCACGACUCUCCCCCUGCAUGGGGGAAAUGCUAAAACUGACCUUAGAUCAGUAUCUAGAGAAAAAGCAACUAUCUUCCCAGUCAGGGCGGAGAGUGGAAAAUGAGAAGUAGGAUGAGGCACUGAAGGCUUAUAUAUAGCAUUCAAAUAAUAUGUGGAUUUUCAAGAUGAUUGAUAAUUAAUAACUGCAUGAUUGUUCAAAGUUAAGGUGUUCUUUUGUUGGGUUUGUGCUGCUUAUUGCCUGUUACCCAAAUGACCUCUGGCCUGUCAUUGCUAAAUAAAAGAGGACAGAAAAGAAAAGAAAGCUACAGUAAGGAAUUCACAUAGUGAUGGACUUUUCAUUGAAGAGACAGUGCAAGAGAGUGCAGAGUUAAAGGUACCCAAUUUCUAUUGGGAGAAGAGAAAAUCCCAUAUUCUCAAUAUGUAAGGUAACCAAAGCUAGCCACACCAUGUGCUCAAAGUUCACUUGUUUUGUUACAUUUGUCUGUUUAUGGCAGGGAGGUGGAUGUCAUUCAAUCACCUCCUCGUCACGUGAGUCAUCCUGCCAGCUUAAACUUUUAUUUGUUGAUUUCAUUUUUCAGUCAUCCAGUUUAUUUUUCACGUUUCAUUUUGUAACAACAUUUGCAUCAGCCCUCACUGGAUAGACCACUCAACUUCUGCAUUACAACUUUAAAUACUGUGAUAUAUACCUGGUUAUUUUUGCACUGUGUGCAUCGCAGUGCGAUGUGCCGGGCCAUUUUGAUACAGUUACAGAAUCUUUCAAACUUACCUCAACCGUCUACAUCUGAUUAUCGAGCCACUCAAGUAUUAUUUUGUGACCAACACUGUUUGAACUAUCUACUCUUCACUACAAAAUGUUGUUCUCAUUGUCAAGCACUUUCUCUCGCCAGGUUUGACUUUGAAUAUCUCUCCUCUCUUUCUCUCAACUUGUACGACAUCCAUGUAAAGUGUAAGCGAGGAACAUUUCCUCCCUGCUCUAAACAAAUGUACAUAAUGUAUAUUUCUUAUUGUUGCGUAGUAUUGAAGAGGAAUCUAAACGGACUCACUUUUGUAGUAAAAUUCAUUAAUAGUGUCUACAGUUUGUCUUUGCUCUGUUAAACAGAUCCUCAGUCACGCUGUAACCUAAAAUAAAAGAUGUUCUGUGUA